AUGACCCCCGGCAUCGGCAUGCCAUCCUGUUACGUAGCCUUCACCGCUGGCCAACCCCUCCUCAUCCUCCUUCUCGCACUCAUCGUGGCGCCUUUUCUCCGUCUCCCCGCACGCCUUUCUUCCGUGCUGGGUCACCUCCGAACGAAUUCGCGAUACUUGACAACCUCCAGCAUGGCCCCCGCUCACCACCGGCGUCCGCCGCAGGCCCCGCCUAUCUUCACGGCCACCCCUCAGACCCUCGUUUCCGACGCCGAGCGAAUCAUCAAGACAUCCCGCUCUGUCCAGGAUAAGGUCGUCGCCGAGAUCAAGCCCGAGGCCGCCACAUUUGCCAACGUGCUGCGGCCGCUUGCUCAAGAUGAGAACGUCAUGGCUCUUGAGGCCCACAUUCUGGGCUUCUAUCAGGCUGUCUCGACAGACCAGAAGCUUCGGGAUGCAUCCUCCAAGGCUGAGGAACUUAUGGAUGAGUUCUUCAUCGAGUCCGCGAUGCGCGAGGAUGUCUACAAGCUUGUUGAUGCUGCCCUGAAGAAAAAGGAGUCUCUUGACCCUGAGUCCCAGCGUCUCCUGGAGAAGGAACACAAGGAUUUCAUUAGAAACGGACUGGGUUUGCCUGCUGGCCCGCAGCGGGCUCGGUUCAAGGAGAUUAAGAAGCGGCUGAGUCAGAUCAGCAUUGAGUUCCAGAAGAACUUGAACGAGGAGAACGGCGGAAUUUGGUUCACCGAGGAGCAGCUAGACGGUGUGCCUGAUGAUGUCCUCUCUUCGCUGAAGAAGGGCGACGGAGAGAAUGCCGGCAAGCUGUGGCUGACCUUCAAGUACCCGGAUCUGUUCCCCACCAUGAAGUAUGCUACCAACCCGGAAACCCGUAAGCAGGUAAUGGUUGCCAACGAGAACAAGUGCAACCAGAACGUGCCUCUCUUCCGCGAGGCUAUCAUUCUACGUGAUGAGGCGGCUCGCCUGCUGGGAUACCCCAACCACGCUGCCUUCCGCAUUGAAGACAAGAUGGCCAAGACUCCAGAGACCGUCGAUACAUUUUUGGGUGAUCUCCGUAGCCGGUUGACUGCCGGUGGAAAGAAGGAGAUUGAGACCCUGAUGAAGCUGAAGCAGGAGCACGACCCGAAGUCGGAUGAUCGUGCUGCCGUUGCCCCGACGGGUCAGGGCAAUGACAUUGUCUGGCACGAGGAUGUGCAAGUAUUUAGCGUGUGGAACGAUGAGGGCGAGGGUGGUGAUUUCGUGGGAUACUUGUAUCUCGACCUGUUCCCCCGUGAGGGCAAGUAUGGCCACGCCGCCAACUUCAACCUGCAGCCGGGCUUCAUCGAUGCCGAAGGCAAGCGCCGCUUCCCCGCCACCGCUCUCGUGUGCAACUUCACCAAGCCCACCGACAAGAAGCCCAGUCUUCUGAAGCACGACGAAGUGGUAACCCUCUUCCACGAAUUGGGCCACGGUAUCCACGACCUCGUCUCCCGCACGAUUUACUCCCGCUUCCACGGCACUAGCACAGUACGGGACUUUGUCGAAGCACCCAGUCAAAUGCUCGAGAACUGGUGCUGGACUCCCUCCCAACUUCGCGCCUUGAGCCAAGCGUUCCAGAAGCGCAGCGGCGGCAAGACAGCCACCGCCCCUCCUUCAGAGCGGAUCCCCGACGAGGUUAUCGGCAACCUUAUUCGCACAAAGCACGUCAACGACGCACUCUUUAACCUUCGCCAACUUCACUUUGGAAUCUUCGACAUGACCGUGCACGAACCCGCCAGCCACGCCGAUAUUCAAGCCCUUCCCAUCUCAGGCACGUACAAUUCCCUUCGCCAGGAGAUCACCCUUAUGGACGGUCUUGAGGCACUUGGCGCCGGCAACGAGUGGGGUCACGGUGAAGCUACUUUUGGCCAUUUGAUCGGUGGAUAUGAUGCCGGUUACUACGGGUACCUUAGUUCGCAAGUGUACUCGACGGACAUGUUCUACACGGUGUUCAAGGAUGAUCCCAUGAACAAGGCUGCGGGUCGACGGUACCGCUACCAGGUCCUUGAGAAGGGUGGUUCCCAGGAUGAGAUGACGACGUUGACGGAGUUCUUGGGUCGUCCGCCUAAGACUGAUGCUUUCUAUAAGGAUAUGGGAUUGGCGUAG